CCUGUCUGUGGUAUACACAAGACACUUCUUGUAGACAGGUCCUUCCAUAGGACCUUAUUUGGAUAAAGACAGUGCUCCCAUUAGUCAGGAGCUCUUAUCCCCGAAACAUAUUACAAGGACUUUUAUUAUAAACCUAUAUAUUCAGUAAAUAGAUGUUUGGAGGACUUUUGGCGGAGCACUAAGGACCUAUCGGUGGGAGAAUCAAUAUGAAUAUUAAGGACAAUUGACCCUGAGGGUGAUAAGUGAUCCAGGAAGGAGGACGGUAACAGAUAAAGUUUUCUUUAGAACAUGAUGCUGCUUUCCACCGAACCACCAAGGAUAGACCAGGACAGAAACCACAUGGCUGCGAGGAUAUUAGACCUCACCCUAGAGAUCAUCUACCUGAUAACUGGAGAGGAUUACACAGUAGUGAAGAAGUCAUCUGGUGAGUGUGUGACACCCCAUGUGUCAGGAGAAUGGAGCAGGACCCCGGGAGCCAUCACCGAGCCUCCACCUUAUUCACUGAUACAUGAGCAGAAGAUCCUAGAACUUACCAACAGGAUCACUGAGCUGCUGACCGGAGAGGUUCCUAUAAGGUGUCAGGAUGUCGCUGUUUAUUUCUCCAUGGAGGAGUGGGAGUAUUUAGAAGGACACAAGGAUCUGUACAAGGACGUCAUGAUGAAGGAUCACCAGGCCCUCACAUUACCAGAUGGAUCCAGUAGGAGAAAUCCACCAGAGAGAUGUCCCAGUCCUCUAUAUUCCCAGUAUUGUCCUGAGGAAAAGCUAAAUGUACUACUCGAUCAUCAGGAAAGUCAUGGUGGAACAACGAGUGAAACCACAAAUCCCACAUCCGACUCAAUGAAUGAUGAUGACAGGAUUAGAGGCUCCGAUUCACAUCUCCUUUUGUUUCACCCUUAUGAAGUAGACGAUGAUUCAUCUCAAUUUGGCAAAACUAUGACUAAAUAUAGACUGGGUAAAAUGUUUAUACGUUCUGACCAUGGGAAGCAAUUUAAAACGAAGCCUAAUUUUUCCACGUGUGACAGACUUCGCAGAGAUGCAAGGCCACGUACAUGUUCAGAAUGUGGGAAAUGUUUUAAUCGGAAAUCAAGUCUCGUUGCACACCAGCGGAUUCACACAGGAGAGAAGCCAUUUUCAUGUCUUGAAUGUGGGAAAUGUUUCAUACAGAAAUCAAAUCUUGUACGACAUCAGAGAAUUCACACAGGAGAGAUUCCAUAUUCAUGUUCAGAAUGUGGGAAGAGUUUUGAUACAAAUUCAGGUCUUGUUCUUCAUCUGAAAACUCACAGAGGGGAGAAACCAUAUUCAUGUUCAGAAUGUGGGAAGUGUUUUAAAACAAAUUCAGGUCUUUUUCUUCAUGUAAGAACUCACAAAGGGGAGAAUUCAAAAUCAUGUUCAGAAUGUGGGAAGUGCUUUACUCGCAAAACAAGUCUUGUUAUUCAUCUGAGAACUCACACAGGAGAAAAGCCAAAUUCAUGUUCAGAAUGUGGGAAAUGUUUUAACCAGAAAUCAGACCUUGAAAAACAUCAAAGAAUUCACACAGGAGAGAGGCCGUACUCAUGUACCGAAUGUGGGAAAUGUUUUAUCCAGAAAUCAAAUCUUGAGAAACAUCAAAGAAUUCACACAGGGGAGAGGCCAUAUUUAUGUACAGAAUGUGGGAAAUGUUUUAUCCACAAAUCAGAUCUUAAGAAACAUCAAAGAAUUCACACAGGGGAGAAGCCAUAUUCAUGUUCAGAAUGUGGGAAAAGUUUUUGCCAUAGAUCACAAGUUUUGAACCAUCUAAGAAUUCACACAGUGAGAAGCCAUUCUCUUGUCCUGAAUGUAGAAAAUGUUAUACCAACAAAUCAGAUCUUGUGAAAUUCAGAAUUCUAUCAAGUAAGAAAACAUUGUAAUGUUCAGAUUGUAGGAAAUGUGGCGGGAGUGGAGCUUCAUUAAAGGACUUAUAACAGAUUUCUUCUUCAAAGCUGCUUUUCGGCACAAGCAGCACCACUCCUGUCCAUAGGUUGUGUUGAAGUAUUGCAGUUCUGCUCCAUUCACUUCAAUAAAGCCAAGCUGCAAUGAAAAAAUUGCAUUGUUUUAAUUGUGUCAAUCCACAGAAUAAAGGUAAUAUGGCACAUCGUAUACCAUACAAAAUGUUAAGUAAAAAAAAAAAAAAAAAAUCGAUAGAAAAGAAUGGAAGAAUUCCUGUUCUUUUCCAUUUCCCAAUAUAGCGAGUCAAUGCAUUCUUGAUGGGUUGCCAUGGCAGCCAAUGGACUUAAAACCUACCUCAAAAUUUGUUACUCAUUUUCUCCUGAAUAUAGCAACACCCUAUAAACUAUUGUAUGGGCACACAGCAGGGCUCAGAAGGGAAGGAGCACUAUAUGGUUUUUGUAGGUCAGAAUUUGCUGAAGUGGUGUAGUGAGCCCUUUGACCCAAAGGGCGUUUCAUAAGAUUUGUCAGUGAAAAUGGAAAAAAAUGCCUUUUUGUACACUAAAAUGUUGCUUUAGGCCCAAACUUUAACAGGAGAAAAUGCACCCCACAAUUUGCUACCCAUUUUCUCAUGAAUACAGCAUCACCCCAUAUGUGCUCACAAAGUGCUGUACAGACGCACAACAGGGUUCACAAGAAAAUGAACAC